CGAAAAGGAUAUUAAACAUACAGAAAUCUGCAAAGCGAGGCAGAAGAACAGGAAGAGAAAGGGUUAAAAGUCCAAAUCUAUCAGAGGAAUAUCUCCCUCCCUCCCUCUCUCUCUUUCUCUUCCUCCCCUCCUCCCCCCCCCUUCCUCUCUCGACCACUCGGCUGCUCGCUGCCUCUCUCUCCACCUGUUAGUGCGGACCCCUCAUGCACUCACAUCCACCUGUUUGUGUAGGAAUCUCCUCCAUUCACACAAUCAAAGACUCUAUGACGGUGCGGAGAGGAAAGAAGCUCAGCAUCUCCAUCCAGGAACACAUGGCCAUUGACGUUUGCCCUGGCCCUAUCAGACCCAUCCGACAGAUCUCCGCCUACUUCCCCCGCCUGUCCCCCACCUCCCCUGGCCCCGUGUCCCCAAAUCCCGCCUACUCCCCCUUGGCCCUCAGCCCUGGCUCUGUGGCCUCAGGGAUGGGCGGGUCUCACCUCCUGUCUCCUCUGCUGGCCCACGGCCGGCCCGGCGGUGGUGGGUCUUUGUCUCUGACUAGCAGCGUGGACACAUCGGUGGAGAUCAACAGCUCCGACAGUGACGACUGCACUGCUCUGGGAACGCUGGAGUUUGAGCUGAGAUACGAGCAGAGCUCCAGUGAGCUGCACUGCACUGUGCUUCGGGCCAAGGGUCUGAAGCCAAUGGACUUUAACGGUUUGGCCGACCCAUAUGUCAAACUGCACCUGCUGCCUGGAGCCUGUAAGGCCAAUAAGCUGAAGACGAAGACGAUCCGUAACUCCCUGAAUCCAGUGUGGAAUGAAACACUCACUUACGUCGGGAUCACAGAAGAAGACAUGCACAGGAAGACACUCAGGUUGACUGUGUGUGACGAGGACAAGUUGACUCAUAAUGAGUUGAUCGGAGAGUCCCGGGUGCCUCUGAAACGCGUGAAACCUGACCAGACGAAACAUUUCCACACCUGUCUGGAGCACCCGCCUCCGCUCCCCUCUCCGACUGCCAUGGGCGAAGCCCUUCGAGGAAUAUCCUGCUAUUUAAGAGAGUGGGAAAACGAGCAGCUGCACAGCCUGGAGGAGAGAGGUCGUCUUCUUCUCUCCCUGCAGUUUCUGCCUCCACUCAGUUCGCAGGAUAAAGACUUUGUUGAAGGAGGAGGAGGAGGAGAAGGAGGUGAAAGACGUCGCAGCGGAGGUCUCUGUGUCGGCGUGAAGCGCUGUGCCCACCUGGCAGCCAUGGAUGUAAACGGGUUCUCCGACCCCUACGUCAAAAUAUACCUGAAGCCUGACUUACAGAAGAAAUCAAAGCACAAAACAGCAGUGAUGAAAAAGACCCUCAACCCUGAAUUCAAUGAGGAGUUUUUCUAUGAGAUCUCCCUGUCGGAGCUCACCAACAAGACGCUGGAAGUGACGGUGUGGGACUAUGACCUGGGACGCUCCAAUGACUUUAUAGGUGGCGUCUGCCUGAGCUGUCACUCCCAGGGUGACGGCCUCCGGCACUGGAUGGACUGCCUGAAGAACAAGGGCAGGAGGGUGGAGCGGUGGCAUAUCCUGACCAACGAGCUGCCACGAACCCUCAGCCAUGACUAAAUCCACAGAGCAUCCUGCAGACGGUUGCUGUCAGGGAUCACAUGGUUCACAGAGAUCCUCUUUACGGGACGGACUUGAGAAACUUCACCACAGGAAUCAGCACCAAUUGAGGGGAAAAGUGUAUUAUAAUAAUAGCCGCCAUGACGAGAGAGAACAGGGUGAGGCUGCAGCAGCACGGUGGUGUGCCUUCAUUAUUGAUCAAUGAGUCAUUCAGAAGAAGCAGCUCCAUCAACACUGUCAACUGACAUUAACACCAGACCACAUGCAUAUAUAACAGGGUUAGACCGAUACACUCGAAUGAUGAGGGGUGGAACUCGUGAAGAUUAAGUUUAAACCACGGCUGUAGACUCAGACUUGUACUUGAAAACAUGAAACUGCAUGUUGUUUUUCUACUCCAGCAUAAAGAUUUGUUGUUAAAAAAAUAGUUUCCCAAAGGGGGAAAUUUCUAUUUUACAUUUUUAGUGUCAUGAUGUCACUCCCUGUCAUUCAGUCUGUCUACAAUGACAGAGAACUUCUUUACAUAUUGUUCCAGUUUAUACCUCUCAUGUGUAACUCUCAAACUUGAGUCACAGAGCUCAGUAUGUGUAUUUCAAAAAAUAUCACAAUCAGCUUUACUGGCCAAACCACACACACACACACACACACACACACACACACACACACACAUAUAUAUAUAUAUAUAAACCCAGGUUUAAGAUAGAUAGAUAUGAUUCUCUCAAAUUUUGGUUGCAAAUUUGUUGUCAUAAAUGUGGCAGUACCUCCAAGGGUCAGGACCUGAUUUCUGACAGUUUGGGCAGAAAUUCUUCUGUUGUGCAAACCAGCUGUCCCAGUGGCUGGUCUCAGACGAUAGGUGAAGACGCUGUAUGUGGCAGUCCUGAGCUGAUGUGGUUACACGUGGUCUGUGGUUGUCAGGCCAGUUGGAUGUGCUGCCAAAUUCUUGGAAACAAUAUUGGAUAUGGCUUAUUAUAGUGAAAUUAACAUUCAGUUCACAGGCAACAACUUUGGUGGACACUCUUGCAGUCGGCAUACCAAUGGCACACUCACUCAAAACUUUUUAAAGGGACCUUUUAUUGUGACCAUCCCAAGGCACACCCAUGAGUAAUGAUGCUGUUUAAUCAGCAUCUUGAUAUGCCACACCUGUAAGGUGGAUGGAUUAUCUUGGAAAAGGAGAAGUGCUCACUGACAUGGAUUUAAACAAUUUUCAACCAAAAUUUGAGAUAAAUAUAUCUAUUGAGUGCAUAAAGAAAGUCUAAGCCUGUGAAAAAUGGGAGCAAGAACAGUGGUGCAUUUAAAUUUUUGUUCACUUCAUUGCAUGUAUAUAUAUAUAUAUAUAUAUGUGUGUGUGUGUGUGUGUGUGUGUGAGAAUCUUUAAAGACUCUCCUAACAAUCUGGAUGGAAAAUUUCAAAUCCAUUGCACAAUAAUGACCAUUUUAACACAUUUCCAGACACGGUAGCUGCAAAUGCUGUUUUUGUACUAUGUGGAUUCAAAUAACAUCCUAAUAUUUUAUAUUCAAAAAAAAGAGCUAGGGUGUGUGGUAUUUCUGGCUACCUGAAACUUAAAAAAGUCACAAACAGAUUAAAAAUAAUUGUAAUCAUACAGCAAAUGUAUUUUUUCAUCCAUUGUUGGAAGAGAAUUUGAGGAUUCGGAACAGCACAGAUUGAUGGAUAUUUACCUUACAGACUGUCGGAUGCGUAGCUCUUUGACUUGAGUGUAAUGAUUAAACACGAGAAGCACAAACUGGAGCUGUCCUCAAUGAAAUAAUGUCAUUUUAAAUGUAGCGUAUUUGCAUGAAUCAGUAAGUUAACAGCUGCAACUGCCUGAGACACAACCAGAGGCGUGAGCUUUCUAGCUUGUGUCUCUUCUUAUCAGUUUAAUUCAAAUAUGCUUUAUCGGUACAAUCACAAUGAAGUACAGUACUGCAGAGGCAUGUUGUGCUACAUUUACAUGUAUCCAGAAUGUAACAAGCAUGAACAUGUCUUGUGUUGCACCGCUCGCUAACAAACUAUCAAACAAUCAGAUCUGUGAAAACCACACUGCUAAUGUUUGCUAGCUAGAGAGCUAAUCAGUUGUAACUGUGGUCCUUAAUCUUCAAUACCACUGCUAACAAAACACUGUCUUUGCCAAGUAAGCUGCACUUACCACAGUGAGUUUGUUUACAUUGUGUUUCAGUGCUGGUAUGGUAGCAUUUUAUUGGAAAAAAAAACAGUAUUGAAUCCACUUACUAAAUCUGAAUCCUUUUGAAUCCCCAACUGAAUCUUAUUAGGUUUAUCUUUCAACAUUUGCCAGACAUCUAUCACCUUAAUCUUAUUCGGACAGAAACACAACAGUGAAACACAACAGUGAAACAAGUGAAACACAACAGUUUGCUGACAAACUGUAGCCCCAACCUGAAAGUGAGCUAAUCAGCAGAAUAUAUGGAAGGCUCUUUAAAGGUAUACUACACAGGAUUGUCAGUAACCUACUGUUCGCAAACAUGCUCACCAGCGAAAGUGAAAAUAAAGCCUUACUGAUUAGAGCCUUAAUGCUUUUUCACUCUACCCCAUGAGUCAGAGUCCUGCAUGGGUCUAUUUCUGAAAAACCGCAAUCGCCCAUACCAGGAAAGCUUAGUACCAUAGCCAACUCAUUACCCACCAACAUUUUGGCCUCAAAAGUUUUGAUAAAUUAAAAGUGGUUUUUUUUAUGUGCUUGUGUUAUAUAAAAAUAUUGAUGUGUUUAACUGUCACAAAAAAACAUCGAUCACCAAUCCCAGGCACUCAGAUUAUCAUUUCAGGUGGUCUAUAACAGGGUGGAACACUGAGUUUGGUUUGCCUUAGCUCUGUGAGUGAUCCAGAUUUAGUUAGCAAGUCUUCUGCACGUAAAUAGAACUUUUUAGAUUUUUUUUUUUUUUAUUUAAUUUAUUUAUUUAUUUAUUUAUUUUUUUUUACAUUUUUUAGGACCAACUUACUUCAUAAUUUAGCCUUGCAGAGUUGAACUUGAGAGAGUGUGGCAAACAGAUAAACAUCAUGAAACAUGGAUAAACUAGAAUUACUGCCUUGCUGUUGUUGUUGUAGUUGUUUGCCUCUGUGAAAAGUUGCAGUUAGUUUACAUCCAUUUCAGUGAAAACAUGGAUGCUUCACACACAUCUUCCCCCAGGCAGCACAGAAGAUCUAUUCAAUCAGCACAGUUUCAAGAUUCACACCCAAGAUUAGUGUCACCAAUUCAGUAUCUGACAAAAUGUCUCCCCUUCUGUUCCUGAAAACUGACAUUGAAUAAUGGCCAGGAAAAGUGUUUCUGCGGAACAUUAUCAUGUCACAGGGAAGCUGACCUCUGACCUUUUGGAUAUAAAAUGUCAUCAUUCAUCAUUUUAUACUGUCAGACAUUUAUGUAAAAUUUUGUCAUAAUUGGCGUAUGAAUUCCUGAGCUAUGGCCAGCUAUGUUUUGUGACCUCAAAUUUUGACCUUCAACCUUAAUCCAAGGCCUUUUUGAGAUAUCGCAUUUACGAAAUGAGAUGGAUGCAAGGUCACAGUGACUUUGACCUUUGACCACCACAUUUUAAUCAGUUCAUCCUUGUGUCAAAGUAGGUGUUAGUGCCAAAUUUGAAGAAAUUCUCUCAAAGUGUUCUUGAGAUGCCACGUUCAUGAGAAUGCCACACAUGAGGUCACAGUGACCUUUGACCUUCCCUCACGGCCUUCUUCUGAUAUCACCUUUACAAAAUUAUCCGUUCAUCAUUGUCUCAAAGUGGGUGUUUGUGCCAAAUUUGAAGAAAUUAGAACAGGUUGGAUUACUCUGAGCAGCAUGCCCGGAAAUUAAUUAAAACUUUUUCCCUGAUGGUCUAAAAAAGUUGUUAGUCUGUCUCAAGUCGCUUUUUGAAAGUAAAGUCGCUAAGAAGGGGUCUGAGAAGUUAUUAAUGUGAGGGGAGACUUGAGAAUGGCAGGUUGUUGUGUGUCGGUUUUGGCAGACAGCGGCCUACCCCUCUUCCCAGUGCUGCAAACUGGCACUGAAUCUUUUAGUGUUACAGAGUACUGGACUGUACUGGCCUAGCUAACUCUUGACUACACGUUGUUUUCAGUGCCAGUGGUUGCGCACAUGUGAGUUGUUGACGGUGCGGUGGUAACGUAUGUGUCGGCUUCGUCAAGUGUACCUAGUGUAGCACGAGGCUGGUAUAUGACAGCAAAAAGACGGGGACCUCAACACUUAAGAGGCACAUGUCGAAGGCUUGCCAUGGAAAGAAAGAUAAGAGUCAGCCUUCAAUGUCCACGUUUGUAUCCUUAAAAAAAUGUAGGGUUUAAACUGGGCUCGGGCUCAUAAUUACAGUUAAAGGGCCAGAACAUGCACAGGCUCGGGUGGGGUCGGGCUGGAUUUUUUUUUUUGGCUCAAUCUAAGCUCUAUAAUCUUCACUUUUAUGAUUUUUGAAAAGCAAAUACAACCACCAGAUGUAAAAAGCUAAUGCUAGGCUAUAAAUGAACUACACCAUAGUCGCAUGGCUUCAGCGUCACCACCACAAUGAGGCUGGAAAGCCAUGUUUGGUGUGAUGAUGUUCUGGAGCUGUAGCAACUUGUUGGCAGCCGUCGUUUUGAAGACAUGUAAAAGCCUCAAAACUCAUUUUCUGAUGUAUUUUAUUUCAUAGAACAAAGCAUGAAAAACUCUUAAGCUUGUGUAAACAACAGACCUUAUUUCGGGCUUCUAACCAUGACAAAAAAACAUACUGAUUUUGAGAUGAAGGAACCAAAAGUGCAAAAAUGGUAACUCAUUUCAGCAUUUUAGGACUCAAGCAUGCACCACUCUAUAUAUUGAGAGGGCCCUGGGUUCAGGAGUCUCAGCUUGACACACAAUGACUGAUAGCUGAUGAUCAACAAAACCAAAUGUAAUUAAAGUUAAUGUGUUACUGGAGAUCAUUUUCAAUAUAACAUUAGUUUUUAACCUUAUUAAAAUGAAAAGACUAGGGACAUGUCCUUGGAUGGAGUGGUUUAUUUUCCAUUUAGCACUAAUAACAUGCUACAGAACAUUACAGGGAGACCUACGACAAUUUUUAUGACCAUUUGGCAAGUUCAGGGUUUUCAAUGGGUGACUGUCGAUUUUGGCACCACUGACAGGAAAGCAGUCUGGAAAAGCAACAGCAAUAUGUAAUUUUAUUUAUCCAUGCAAUUGUUUAUUUUUUGUUGUUCGUUGUUAUUUCUUUUCCUUUUUUUUUGUAUGAAGUAUUGUAAAGGCAGUGAAAUCUUCCAGAGUUUCGGCUGUUUCAAUAGAUGACGGGUCUUCAAAGGUGCUAACGGUGAGGGACUCUCACCAUUGUACGUUUCAGUGAAGUGGUUUAAUGUCCACUGAUUCAAAUGCUUCAAAACAACAAGAACAUUCUGUAAUUUCAUGAGAAAUCCUCCCACUCUGACGGAUAAGAGAUAAUGACAACGGUGGCACAUUCACCAUCAAAGUUCACAUUAUAUGAAAGAAUGGCUCGUUGAUUUCAGAUAGAAGGAGACAAAAGCAACUCAUAAUUUCUAGCCAAUGAUCAACAAUAUCACCUUAAGUGACAUCUUUACCAGCUGUUGCUAAUUAAGCUAAUGCUCGCUUCAUGAAACGACUUCUUAAUGUUUCUAGCUGACUCAUUCUAAAAUGUGAACCUAAGAAAAAUAAAUAAAUAAAUAAAUAAAUAAAUAAAUAAAUAGAAAUAAGGUGCAAACUCUAAAUUUGUACUGUACAUGUUUCAUUGUUUUAAAUCUGCUUAUAUUUAUCCACACGACGUUAAUAGCACUUCAAAUCAAGGUGGGGGGAUGAGGGGGGCGUGGUGCCAACAGGAGAGUGUAUACCAUUUCUUACCCUUGGUGCAUUUUGUUAUGCAUCAUCUUAUGUUAUACAGCAUCAGAAAGACACAUAAAAUAUGAGCCACUGGCAGCUUUCAUCUAAGACUGUACAGGCGUCAUGUUUCAAAUACCCAUAUCGGUCAAACCCUUAUAUAAUCUAAAUUCUGUCAUGUCAUUUCUCUGCUCUGUAAUGCAAGAACAAUAUUUCUAUUGCACUCCUCAAUGAGACUGUGAAAAAACAAACUGCAUCCUAUUAUUGCCAUGAUGAUGAUGAUGAUGAUGAUGAUAAUGAUAUUUCAAUACAAGUGGUUCUUCCUUGGUGUUGCAUGAUGCAAUAUGUUGAUAUACUUCUUUAUAUCUCUAUACUCCCCCUGCCUGUUUUCUAACUCAAAGUGUUGAGACAUGAUGAAACAUUCAGGUACGGCUCAUGUUCUAAUUCUUGGGUUUACAGUGUUAUUGUUCUUCUUUAAUGCACGACUGAAUGUAUGAAUGUGGCUUUCUAUACAAUAUCGUUGAACUGUUGUUUACACUGAUCUUGUGCUUUACAGUUGUUCUUACAUUUAUAUCAGGUGUUUUAUGUACGAUGCAACAAUAAAUUUGGAAUG